AUGCCCCAAGCGCGCCCCCCGGCCGCUGGCGAGGCCACGCCAAAGCGCCCCCGAUCAGGGUCCCUGGCCCCGCACGAGGAGGACCCUUCCCUGCCGGCCAACAAGCGCCUGUCCCUGCUGCCGCAAGAUCUGUCACUCUCCGGUCUUGGGGAUCCACUGGAUCCCUUCCCUCAGCCGGUGGGCGGCUCGGCCGCGGCCGGGCGGCUGUCCAUUGUGCCGGGGAGCUCGGGCGAUCUGAACGCCCCUGGGGCCGCCUUCAGCCCGCUGGCCGGGGCCAUGUUCGGCCAUGGGCUGCACAGCUUUUCCCCGUCCCCGGCCUACCGCCAGGCCCCGGGCUUCGGGGCCGCCAGCCUGGCCGGGCGCCUGUCCGAAGCCGGGGUCCCUGCCGCCACCGGAGGGGCUCUGCGCGCGGUGGUCGGCUCGCCCUCCUUCGAGCGUAUGUCCUUUUCCGGGUCAUCCUUCGGCGGGGACCUGGACUCGGGGCAUGAGGGCACCACGGGAAGCCCCGUGGGUCCGCUUUCGCCUGCGCGCGGGAGCCAGUCCACUGGCGUCCCGUUGGCCCGGGCCCCGGCGGCCGGGGCCGCCACCACCGAGCCGGUGUCCCCGCAGCUGAACUCCCUCCGGCAGUCGCUUCGAUCGCUGGCCGACGUGCUGCCACGGCCCGGCAGCCAGUCGCUCGGCACAUCGUUUGCCGGCGCCCCCGGGUCCGAGCAGUUGCUUUUGGACAUGGAUGCCGGCGUGGCCCAGGCGCCGGCCGAUUCGGCCCCGGGCCUGGGUGCCGCCUCUGCCCCCCUGCCGCCACCCGCCGGGCAAGAGCCCCACCAACAGCCUGUCGGCUUCAGCAUGGACAAUCUGUCCGGCACGGUGAGCGACCUGAUUGCCGAGCCGGCGCCCAAUGUGUCCGAUGGGGAGAUGUCCCUCUUUUCGCAGGCCUCCAUGGGGCUGGAUGGCACCCACCAGCCCCUUGCCUCGUCUCAGCUUGGCGACUCCAUCCGGCAUGCUCCGCCAUCGCCCUUCCGGCCACGACGCGAGCUCCAGCGCUCGCCCCUCGGCCGGCAGGGCACAGCCACCGAGUCCUCCCUGGCGGCGGGCCGUGUGCCGAUCGAGCAUGACUCGCCGUCGGCUCAGCGCGGCGGCGCCCACCCGGUCGACCCGUUUGCCACGCAGCACAGCGAAGAUCUCUUCGCCAUUCCCGAGCCCUCGGCCAGCUUUGCCCAAUCGCUGCCCAGUAUUGGUGACCCGUCGGCCCUGGCGCCGAGCAUCCCGCCCGCGGGCGCAGCCACGCGUGCCCCUUCGACCGAGGACCCCGCACGUCGGCACACCUUGGCCGGCUCCUUCCGGCCAGGAAGCAGCGCCGGCAUCCCCACCCCCGGGGCCGCUGGCCGCCCCCCGGCGCCGCGCCCGGCAGCCGACCCAUCGGCCAGCUCGUCUGCCUCCCGGCUGUCGGCCCACCUGGAUGAGCUAACCGGGCGGCGGCAUACUCUGGGCGGGUCCUUCCGGCCAGGCGGCAGCACCGGCAGCAGCAGCGGUGGCCAUGGCACUGCCGGCCAGGCCCGUGUCAGCGAUGACCCGGCCGGGCUGGGCCUUGAUCCCGCGGUCCCAACUCGACUGUCGCUGGGCCUGGCCAGCUCGGUUGGCAUCCCCCGGGCCACCAGCCCGCUGACCCUGUCCGAACUUGACACCCUACCAUCGUCGUCGUCGUCGUCGUCGUCGUCGUCGUCGUCAAUGGCGGCAGCGGCGGUGGCGGCGGUCCCGCCGGCGGCCAGCGCCCCCCGGCCGCGUGGAUCCAUUGCCCACCCGCUCGGCGCAUCUUCCAGCCGGGCCGCGCUCGGUGCCUCGAUGUCCGGCCUCGGGGCAUCGCAGUCCAGCUCGGGCGUGAGCGCGCCGCCGCGCCUUGCCGCGAGCUUCGGCAUUUCGCAGCUGCCCCCGGGCGGGCCUGCCUCCGCCCGGCCGGUGGACGACAUGGCAUCCGAGCAGCACCCUGCUCGUGCGUCUUUGGCCCGGUCGUCAUCCUCGGCAUCCCUGUCCGGCCGGGCCGCGCUCGGUGCCUCGAUGUCCGGCCUCGGGGCAUCGCAGUCCAGCUCGGGCGUGAGCGCGCCGCCGCGCCUUGCCGCGAGCUUCGGCAUUUCGCAGCUGCCCCCGGGCGGGCCUGCCUCCGCCCGGCCGGUGGACGACAUGGCAUCCGAGCAGCACCCUGCUCGUGCGUCUUUGGCCCGGUCGUCAUCCUCGGCAUCCCUGUCCGGGUCGGUCCGUCCGCCAGCACCGGCGGCACUCGGUGCCAGUGGCCAGGGCUUCGCACCGGGGCAAAGUCUCCGCCGGUUGAGCUCCGGCGGCCUGGACCCGGCGGCGGAUGCCAUGGCCGACGGGCCGACUGCCCUGCCCGGGGCCGGGCCCGGUACCCUGGCCGCAUCGAUGGCUGCACGCCGGCAGUCCCUGCACCGGCCAGCCCCCCUGGGCGAGGAUCACUCCCUGACGGUGGUGGUUCCGCCAGCAACCGACGACACCUUUCAUCAUCCGGCGGCGGUGGCCCCCCGAUCGGCCCCCGGGUCCGAGCCUGAGGCAGCCGAGCCGCCGCCGCCGCCGCCGCCGCCAAGGUUCCCCCUGCCCCCGGCGCCAUUGGCUUCGGCGUCCAGCCGGCCGUCACUCGGGGUGGCCAGCAAGGCCGGCACCUCGUCCAUGUCGCUGACGCGCUUGAGCCUGGGGAUCCCCUCGCUCGGGGGGAUGCCCUCUGCCUCGGCCGGGCCGAGCUCCUUCGGCGUCGGCACCGGACCCGGGUCCGGCAGUGUGUCCCUUCUAUCGUUGGCCAAUUCCACCGGGGCCGGGGCCAGCCGGUUCUCCGAGCCUCCGGCCACCUUGUCACGGCGGCUGAGCACCGCCCCGGGCGAGCGGCCCUCGCUGCCGGUGUCCCUUCGGUCGCCGGUCAAGUCGCCAGGCCUCAGCACCCGGGCCACGAGCAUGCUCUCGGCCGGCGAGUCGCUCACAUCGCCGGGGCUCGCGGAAAUCGCCGAGCUCACCGGCUCCCUCGAGCCAGCUGAACGAGUUGAGCCGGUCGAGCCGGUCGAGGCCGUCGAGCCCGCCGACCCGUCCAAUGGCCGGGCCCCCGCCGGUGCCGAGCCCACGGCCGGUGCCUCGGCCAGCCCCGCUCCGGCCCCGGCCACCACGCUGGCCGAAUUCCUUCACACAGCCAACAUCGCCUUCAUGGACGGCGCCACGCAUGCCUCGGCCGAGAUGGGCGGCCUGGGAGCCGGGACAGACCCCCGCCGUGAGAACCUUGGCAUUGUCCACACCGCCCGGCUCACGCCGGUCGAGCUGCUCGACGACCCGGCCGAGGUGCUGGCCGCCACGUGCGAAACCGACGCGCUCAGCCGCCUCGGGGAGGAGCUGGCCGCCACGAUUGCCGCACUUCGGUCCGAGUGCGCGGCCCUCACGGAGCUGAUCGAGUCCCAGCGGCCGGCCUUCCUGGAAACCUUCACCUCCCCGGCGGCGGCCGGGGCCCCCGGGCCCGGCAGUUUGGAGACCAGCGAGCAGGCCCUCCGGUCGACGGCUCUGCGCGCGCAUCUGAAGCGCUGGAAGCACACGGUGCGCAUCGCCGCACGCAAGGCCUGGCUCGGCAUGCGCGCCCGGUCGCUGCAGGCCCUGGUGUCGGAUGCGCGCGAGUAUUUGGUGGCCGCGCGCGAGGAUGUGGCCCUGACGCGGGGUCGCCUGGCCGGGGCGCGGGCCCUGCGUGGUCGGGUGGCCGAGGCCACUCGCCAGGCCGAGGCCCGGGUGGCGGCGGCGCGGGCUCGCCACCGGCGCGCCAUGGCCCGCUCGGUCCCGGCCCAAGUCCGCCUCCUGUCGCGGUACUUUCACCUGCUGUCGGCGGAGGACCACCCGAUCGCCGGGCCUGACAGCCCGGGGCACACCUCGCGCCUGACCCUGCGCUUUGUGUGCGUGGACGGCACCUGCGCCGACAUCAUGCUCGAGGUGAAGGCGGCCCCCGGGCCGGCUGGCAGCCCGGCAGCGGACCUGGCCCUGCCGGCGUCGGUGGUCGGCCGCCUGGCCCGGUACAUCGGGCCGACCAUCCGCCGCCGGCAGGUCGAGGCACUGGUCGAUCAGAUUGCCGGCCUGGCCCGGGGCCCGGCGCGUCCGCCCAGUCUUGUGGCCUACUGCCUGAUGCUUUCCCGCCAGCUGAAUACCCUCACAUAGAAUGGCCCGAGUCGAAGGCAGGCGGCCGAAUGCCACCCAAAGAUCCCACCCAAUGAUGCGCAUG